AUUCUCCAUUCCACCACCCAUACCGAAUUUGACAUUUCUUGUAUCCUAGCAAGUGAAGCUCGUAGCUUGCUUAGAACAUCCUUGUUCCCCCCAUCCAUCAUCUAAAAUCCUCUGAGAAGGUCGAUACGAUGAACAUCUUUCGUUUUUUAGGCGACCUCUCUCAUCUAGCCUCAAUAUUCAUCCUCUUACACAAGAUUCAAACAUCCCGGUCAUGUAGAGGAAUCAGUCUAAAAACUCAAACUUUAUAUUUGGUGGUUUUUGUCACUCGAUAUGUUGAUCUCGUCACACGACCUCAUGUCUCUUUGUAUAAUACAAUGAUGAAAUUGUUCUUCAUUGGAAGUUCGGCGUAUACUUUGUAUCUUAUGCGAGUUCGUUUCCGCCCUACACAAGACGCCUCAUUAGAUACAUUCCGCCUGGAAUAUCUCCUUCCCCCAGUCGCGAUCCUCUCUCUCGUCUUCACAUACGCUUACGACCCUACCGAGCUCGCAUGGGCAUUCAGCAUCUGGCUCGAAUCCGUCGCUAUCCUCCCUCAGCUCUUCAUGCUCCAACGAACAGGUGAGGCGGAGACCAUCACCACGCAUUAUUUGGCCGCUUUGGGUUUGUACAGAGGUUUGUAUAUCCCAAAUUGGAUGUAUCGAUACUUCACCGAAGGUGCUUUCGACCCUAUCGCAGUGAUAGCAGGUUUGAUUCAAACAGCCAUCUAUGCCGACUUUGGUUAUAUCUAUGUCACAAAAGUUCUGCGAGGACAAAAAUUCGAAUUGCCAGCUUGACCUUGUCUCCUCUACUACUUCUCUCCAUCAACUCCGACGUCUGUGAGCAAGUUGACCAUGAAAGAAUUGAUCAUGUCUCCUCUCGUUCACUAGAAGAAAUACUUCACUGUCAAGGCAAAUGCAUCAAAGCAAACAUAUGAGC